GUCUGCCUGCCUGCUAUAGGUAGUCCUUCUUUAAUCCUGCUGCCUCGCGAGCCAAUUCUUCCAUAAAACCCCCAGCCUGUAGCCUGCAUUCUCUUGCCUUUUUUUACUUGUGCGUCUUUCUUUCUAUAUCCAUUCAUUGUACUGCCUGCUGCUUGAUUCCCCUCCCCCCGCGAUGCCCCCCACAGCUACCUGGCAGACCAAACUCAAGGUCCAGCUGAAGCUGGCCAUUGCGCGCCUGCGCAUGGUGCAGCAGCGCGAUGAGCAGCUUGGAAAGACGGCCCGCCGGGCAAUGGCGCAGCUCCUCGAGGCCGGCAAAGUCGACUCAGCAACGAUCCGCGUCGAGAACAUCAUCCGCUCCGACAUCACUAGCGAGCUGCACGAGCUGCUGGAGCUCUACUGCGAGCUGUUGCUUGCGCGCGCGGGGCUUCUCGAGGGCCCGGUAUGCGACCCGGGGCUGGAGGAGGCUGUCCAGAGCAUCCUGUACGCGGCGCCCAAGACGGAGAUUAAGGAGCUGAUGACGGUGCGGACGCUGCUGGCGGAAAAGUACGGCAAGGAGUUUGUGCUGGCGGCCAUGGAGAACACAGACGGCAAGGUCAACGACAAGGUGGUCAAGAAGCUGAGCGUAGAGGCGCCGCGGCGAGAGCUGGUGACGGGGUAUCUGGAGGAGAUUGCCAAGGCAUACGGCGUGGAUUGGCCGAAAAGGCAAGUUUCCUCGCCACUUCCACCAGAUCUGCUGGAUGAGGACCUUGAAGGCAAGGGAGAUGGCGAUGGCGAUGGCGAUGGCGAUGGGACCGGAGGUGGUGGACAGGCUCAGAGGAACGAUUUAGGCAAGCCCCUCACCGAGGCGCAGAGGAAGCUCUCCUUGGGCGAGGAGCAGAUGAAUCGAGCCACGCCGCCGAGCGCCAAGCUGGGCGAGCCCAAGAGCCCGCUGAUGGUGACGCCGCCGCGGAUGACGACGGACAAUGUCCAUCCCAAGGUGAUGAUGGGAUCUGUGGAGCUCAAGAGCAAGAGGGACGAGGUGCCGGUGGCGAGGAAGAAGUCUGAGCCGGAGGGGUCAGUGCCGGACAUUGGAGACUUGGAGAGACGGUUUGCGGCGUUGAAGAAGAGGUGAGGCGCAAAUGUCAUGAUAUGAUAAUGGAGCAGAUGGGACAGAUGGAGACAUAUGGAAUACCUACCGAUAACUGCGAGAGCGAGCGAUGCAAACUAAUUCAGAGCAAGGCAAGGCAAGGCAAGGCAGAGCAGAGUAGAGCAGAGCAGAGCUGAGCAGAUCAGAGCGGUACAAGGCACAUGCUGUGGUGGCUACCUGUUUGGUGUUGUGCAGGCUGGGCGCAUCCUGUUGGUGUGCUGUACCUAUACAUGUAUAUAGCUACUUAGUAUAACCAGGUAUUAUGCCGUCUGGUCAUCUCCAGCCGCCGUGC